CUCCCUGGGAGCUAGAUGCUGGGGCUGGAUGUCUUCUGGGAGCUGGUGGCUUCUUGCCUCUGCCAAGGUGGGGAGCUCCAGCCUGACCAAAUGUGGAAUCAGUCUCUCCCCUCCCAGCGAGAGUGAACCAUGGAGCUACGUGUGGGGAACAAGUACCGCCUGGGACGGAAGAUCGGGAGUGGGUCCUUCGGUGAUAUCUACCUGGGUGCCAACAUCGCCUCUGGUGAGGAGGUCGCCAUCAAGCUCGAGUGUGUGAAAACGAAGCACCCGCAGCUGCACAUCGAGAGCAAGUUCUACAAGAUGAUGCAGGGGGGAGUGGGCAUCCCGUCCAUCAAGUGGUGUGGGGCCGAGGGCGACUACAACGUGAUGGUCAUGGAGCUACUGGGGCCCAGCCUUGAGGACCUCUUCAACUUCUGCUCCCGCAAGUUCAGCCUCAAGACAGUGCUGCUCCUGGCCGACCAGAUGAUCAGCCGCAUUGAGUACAUCCACUCCAAGAACUUCAUACACCGGGACGUCAAGCCGGACAACUUCCUCAUGGGGCUGGGGAAGAAGGGCAACCUGGUGUACAUCAUUGACUUCGGCCUGGCCAAGAAGUACCGGGACGCCCGCACCCACCAGCACAUCCCCUACCGGGAAAACAAGAACUUGACUGGCACUGCCCGCUACGCCUCCAUCAACACCCACCUGGGCAUCGAGCAAAGCCGUCGAGAUGACCUGGAGAGUCUGGGCUACGUGCUCAUGUACUUCAACCUGGGCUCCCUGCCCUGGCAGGGCCUCAAAGCAGCCACCAAGCGCCAGAAGUACGAGCGGAUCAGCGAGAAGAAGAUGUCGACACCCAUCGAGGUCCUCUGCAAAGGCUACCCCUCUGAGUUCUCAACAUACCUCAACUUCUGCCGCUCCCUGCGGUUUGACGACAAGCCCGACUACUCCUACCUGCGCCAGCUGUUCCGCAACCUCUUCCACCGGCAGGGCUUCUCCUAUGACUACGUCUUCGACUGGAACAUGCUCAAAUUCAUGCGGCCCCCCUCAUGCCAGCCCCCCGCCCUUCCCUGUGGACGACCCCAGGACCAACUAGGGUGCAGCCCGGAACCCCGAGGACGUGGACCGGGAGCGGCGAGAACACGAGCGAGAGGAGAGAAUGGGGCAGCUCCGGGGAUCUGCGCCCCGGGCCCUGCCCCCCGGCCCGCCCACGGGGGCCGCCGCCAACCGGCUCCGCAGUGCUGCCGAGCCUGUGGCUUCCACCCCAGCCUCCCGCAUCCAGCAAGCUGGCAAUACUUCUCCCAGAGCGAUCUCACGGGUCGACAGAGAGAGGAAGGUGAGCAUGAGGCUACACAGGGGUGCACCCGCCAACGUUUCGUCCUCCGACCUCACUGGGCGGCAAGAGGUCUCCCGGAUUUCAGCCUCACAGACAAGCGUGCCAUUUGACCAUCUCGGGAAGUGAGGAGGAACCACCAUCGGACCAGUAUUUGCUUAGUGUCUUCACUGUAUUUUCUUUUAAAAAAUAACAACAACGAAGAUGGGAAAAAAAACCACUCAAAAGAACAAAGAGAAAAAACCCAGCACAAAACCGACGAUGGAUUUUGUUUCUUUGGUUUUCUUUUUUUUUUUUUUUUUGCCGAUGGUAAGAAGAUGGGAUGCCCUCAGCACAGAGGAUUCUUGUCCCUUUGCAUUUCCCAUUGCCCACAACCUUUAGGCUGCCAAAUGCUCCCAGACACCGUGCUCCACGUGCCAGAUGCCAAGGCCCCGCCCCAGGCGGCACCGGCGCCGCCUGGGAGGGGCCCUCUCUGCGCUGGAGACGCAACCUUCCUCACUUGCCAUCUGGCGGUGGCCUGAGCAGCUCGGGGAAUGAUUUGGGUGGUCAGAGGAAUGGUUUGGUUGGUCGGAGCCAGGUCCCACCGGGUGCUCUCUUGAGCCUCAGGACCACAGGAGACAGGCACAGCCUCCGCCCCCGUGAGGUGACGGUGGCCAGCUUUCUGUGUUGGGCUUAUUCCAGUGUCCCCCUGAGUUUUUGGCUCCCUCCUUUGCCUCUCCAUGGAGACGUGAAGGAGUGGGUGGCGAGGUGGUGGGGGCCGAGAUUCCUUGUGUGCGUGCGUGUAUGUAUGUAUGUGACCUGUGCUUCCCAGGACAGGAGCUGCCCCGCCCUACCCGCCAGACCGAAUUUCUGUUCUCAUCCCCUAACAAGGACACGGAGGUGUGCAGUGACCUCCACAUUCCUCAAGAAGGGUGCAGAGGGUCCUCGCCACCACCGACCCCUGAGACUGUCAUCAGCCUGUGGCAGCCCCGUCCCCCUUUCCUGGUCUUAGGGCAGAAUCCCUGGAGACUACUUCCAGACAGCAUCUGGCCCCUGGGUUAUAAAUUAAUCCCUGGUCCUGACGCUCACCUGGGGUCCCCUCUGCCUGCGUCCUGCCUCCCCGAGGAGGAGCCUGGACUUAGGGCUGGGCGCAGGGUUCAUCCAUCCCGCCUAGUUAACACUUGUUUUUACUUUAUUUUUGUUUGUGUUCUCCAUGUGUGUAUUUCCUAAUUUAUUUACCUCUGUUUCCCCUUUUUUCUUUUUCUUUUUUUUAAUUAAAGAGCAAAGCUUUUUAUUACUUUGUAAUUUAAAAAACUGAAAAAAAAAUACUGAAGAACUUUGGGGGGAAUUUUGUACUUUUUUCCUGUGUAAAUAUUGGACUUUUUUGAGCUUUAUUGUGGUUGUUAAUUUGAAGUAAUAAAGUAGAAAAGGAUAAAGUGA